AAGAUAUUAAGGAGGUUAAACCUUCGAAUCGAACAUUUGGCUUCGAUCAUAUAUAUGUCAUUAAUCUUAAUUUUCGAACUGAUAGGCGUGAUAGAAUGAGGAAAUUGGCUUCUUAUUUUGAUUUAGAUUUUGAUUAUCUUAGUGCCCCUUCCAAAUAUGACAGUAGCUUUUUUCGAAAAUAUGGUUUUGGUGGAUUAUCUUCUGGCAGAAGAGCUUGCUUCCAUAGUGCUUUAAUUCUAGAAGAUGACGUUGAUUUUGAAACUAAUAUCACUGAAAUUAUGACAGAUAUUCAUCGUAAUUUACCCGCUUAUUGGGAUAUUUUGUAUAUUGUUCAUUGUCUUGAAAAAAUAGGUAAACUUGUCGAUAAUAGUUCUUUUGCCAAUAGACUAUAUGAAUCAGUGAUGCCAAGUUGUACACACGCUUAUGCCGUUUCGUAUUGGGGUGCCCGCAAGUUGGUGGAAAAACUUGAUCCUAUGAUACCACAAGGUCCAAUUGAUUUUGCUAUUCUUACAAGAAUUAAGAAUAAAGAGAUCACUUCAUAUAGCGUUUUUCCAGUGCCUAUUACACAAUGGAAAGGUGGAUAUAAUCCAUCUGAUAUUCCUGAAUCCAGUCAGGGUUAUCAAGAAUGGAUGUAA